GGCGGGCGCGGGGGGGUCUCCGGUCCGAGGCGCUCGCUCCCUCGCGGAGGCGGUGGCACCGGCGGCGCCACCGGUAGCGGAACCGCGCUCGGCGAGCUCGUCCGUCGGCGAGAGCGGGUGGGGGAAGGGGCUGCCCCCCGGGCCGCCCACGGCAUGGGGCGCUGCUGGGGCCGCCCCCCUCGCCGGGCCCGGCGCGCCCCCGGACUCUGCCUGCGGCGCCGCCCGCGGGGCCUGUAGGGGCGGCCGCGCCGCGCCUGGCCGGGGGGAGCGGCGGCAUGAGGAGCCGCGGCGGCCGCCGGCAGUGAAUGGGCAUCGCGGCGGAGCGGGAGGAGCCGGAGCCGCCGCUGCCGCGAUGGCUCAGGAGAAAAUGGAGCUGGACCUGGAGCUGCCACCGGGGAGCGCCGCGGCCCCGAGCGACGGGGGCGGCCUGAGGCGAUCCAACAGCGCCCCCCUCAUCCACGGGCUCAGUGACAACUCCCAGGUUUUUCAGCCCUACGUGUUGCGAACGCGCAGGAACAGUACGACAGUUAUGAGCCGUCACAGUAUGCUGUUGUCAUCAUCUCCUAUUCGUAUUCCUAGUAGCCGACUUCAUCAGAUCAGAAGGGAGGAAGGAGUGGAUUUAAUGAACAGAGAAACAGCACAUGAAAGGGAAGUGCAAACAGCAAUGCAGAUAAGCCAGUCAUGGGAGGAAAGCUUGAGCCUGAGUGACAAUGACUUGGACAAGUCUGAGAAGUCUUCCUCUCCAAAGAGAAUAGACUUCAUUCCAGUUUCGCCUGCACCUUCACCUACAAGAGGAAUAGGAAAGCAAUGUUUUUCACCAUCAUUGCAAAUGUUUGUGAGCAGUAAUGGAUUACCUCCAAGCCCUAUUCCCAGUCCAACAAGGCGAUUCUCCAAGAGGAGUCAAAGUCCAAUCAACUGUAUCAGGCCCAGUGUUCUUGGCCCCAUUAAAAGAAAAGGUGAAAUGGAAACUGAAAGUCAGCCAAAGAGACUUUUUCAAGGAACAACCAACAUGCUUUCUCCAGAUGUUACACAUCUGACAGAUCUCAGUUCAUGCCUCUCUUCAGAUAUUCUUGAUGGGAGUAGCAGCAGUGUUGGCUCUUCCUCUGAUUCACUGACUAAAGGCAGCAUAACCACAGAGUCUCCAGUAACGUGCUCAAACUCAUGCUCUUCAUUCAUUCUGAUGGACGAUCUCUCACCUAAGUGACUUAAGUUCUGAGUCAGUGUCUGGCUGUGCUGUUCCCUUACUGUACACUUGUACAGAGAAACGAACUCUGAUCCUUGAACCAUUAACACGAGGAUUAUUAAAAGGAAAAAUUAUUGUAACUGUAAUCCUUGGCGACUUUCCAGUGAUUUUGAUUUAUCCAUUUAAUGAACAUUGUAGACCAUAUUAAUGUCUGGUUUUGCAAAUUUAUUUUUUAAACAAGAUGUCUGCUCAGAUUAUACUAACUUUCUGCUUUCAGGAACUUGCAUACACUUUUUGAGUCUGAGAAUAGGUAUCUACCUAUUAGUAUUGCAAUUUUUAGGAAAAUAUUUAUAUCAUUAUCGUGGUCACUAUGUCUAGGGAAAUAAUUUGGUUUGGAAGGAUUUGAAAAUACUGAUUUAUUCUCUGGCACUUACACCACUGAGUAAAACUGUUCUCAUUGCUUUUUUCAGUCACUAGCCUCAAAUUCUCUUACGGAAGGGAGAAAAAACUUCUUAGUGCUGCUAGUCGUUUUUGUUACAGAAGACCACAGUGGUGUGGAAAUCUCACACUCAGAUUAAAAAAAAAAAAAACCACAAAACCAUCCCACAACAAAAUUAACUAAUGACUGGCACUUUUGCCAUCAGUGAAGAAAUAAUAAUGCUCUACGAACAUGAUGAAAACAGCUGCAUAGUUCUCUCCCCAGAUCCUUUAUCCUACAGAUUGUAUGAAAUAAGGUCAAUAUUCAGGAAGAUUUGGCCAAGGAAAAUUAAUCCACGCCUUGAUCUAAGACAUACAGUGCAGAUAACUAAGUUAUUUAAACUACUGUGUAGGAGAACCGUGUAUGGCGCCAUCGAUGUCUCCUGUGGCAUUGAGGUCAUAGGUAUUUUUGUGCCUUAGGGGACAUUGUUACAAAAUUAUGGAAUGUAAACCAGAGGGGUGGGUGGGAAAAAGUCCUUUGUGUACAGCUUGUUUAUAGAGUGCUUACCAGAAUCUGUCGUCGAUGCUGCUUUCCUUAGUGUUCCUUUCCAAGGUGUGUGCUCCGUUGCAAGGUGCUGUGGGCAGUGGCAACUCCGCUGUGACGCGGCAGCCAAAGUAAUACCCUUUGCAGCUGCUGUGUGCGGUGUUUGUGUCUUUGUUGGUCAUGAGCAGGGCAAACAGCUAAGCAAACAUUGGAUUUCUAAGGAGAGAUUUAAAAGUUGGGAUUGAAUACGAACUCUGCAAAUUGUUUGGCUAAGGAGUGAUGUUUGAGCUAUGAGUAGUUGAUACAGUACCUUGGUCGGUCUGAGGUAAGACAAUAGAUAUUUUACUUUUUAAAGACUUUAACGGGGCAAAAUAAAUCCGUUUGUAAUCUACUGUGUUAUGCUAUUUAUUAUUUAUAACUAUGUAAAAAGUCUGUGGUGAUGAAUUAUAGUAUUUUUUUAUGAUUGAAUAAGUUUUUUAUGUUCAGUAAUUGCUGGCUGGUUUGUAUUUAAUACGCAACAUUGUCUGCCAGAAUCAUAAGCUUCCAUUUUUGAAUGUUUGUAACAUAAAUGCUUUUGUUACCUAAAAGUACAACUUCUGAUCUUUCUGAAAGAAAAUAGCACUGAAUUUAAAGAUUAUGUGCUUUAAAAGUGAGCACAAUCUCUGACAAUACUGUCUGGCUAAAAAGGGGAGGAGGAGAACCAUAGGUGGGGUUUUUUUUGUUGUUGUUCUGAAGAAGCUGUUGAGUUUCCAGAAGACGUGUACAUACCAGAUUAUUUUUAAAAGUGUUUCCAUUAAAUUGCAAGAAUUACCAUAAUGGGCCAACAGUGGCACUAGUAUUUGUAUUACCAUUUUCACCUGUGGAGCAUUAGUUCCCCACCUCAAAUAAAUGUGCAUAUUGUAAAAUAUUGUCCAUUGGUGCCAUUUUUAAAUGAGCUCUACGGUAUUGAAUGUUAAUUUUAUUUGUAUAUGCACAGUGCUAUUUCUUGAAUUUUUGAUGUCUUAAAUCGCUUAAUUAUUUUUUUAUUCAUGCUUGUAUCUUCUCUGCCUUCUCGAUGCUAAAAGGCGGCUGCUUUUACAGUUGCAAAAUAUUGAUAAACAGUAUGUGAUAAAAUUCAACCUGUUACCUGUGCCCCAGUUUCAUGAUACUGUGCUUUUAUUGGUACUGUGAUUUAGAAAUCUGAACAAGGGGUGGCAGAAGGGGGAAACCUAUUGCAUGCUUUCUUAAAACUGAGAAGAGCAUAGCUAUUGCUUAUUUUUGGCUGACUUACCUGUACAAUUGAUGUAUUCCAGAUUUGUUUGUUAGUGGAGAGUCUUAUAUAAGUGCUGGCCUUUGUAAACAUUAGAAUGUAAGCUUCAUAAAGCGAACGCACAAAUGCUCACUCUUGUUACAGCAUUUUUUUAGUGUUUGGGCUGUUCUUCGCUCUUCAGAAGACAUGGCUCUUUUUAUAAAAUAUAUACGUAAUACACACGCA